UAAAGACGUGUACGGGCAAACUUUCUAAGAAUUGUCGGCUGUCAAAUAACAGAUAGUGUUAUAAUGUUCAGUGAAACGUUAUUAUUUCAUUCAGUAUGAUGAAAAAGAAGUGACUUAAUUAUUUGAACAUACUUCGCAAAGUGGAAUAAUUUUGUAAAAAGCAAUACAAUGACAACACCCAUGUGUGAAGAUGGUGGACCUUUACGAGAAUGGGCUCCACUUACUAUGCUUCUUCAACAAAUACCUGCAAAGAUUCAAACUGGACUUUUUACACACAAUAUGAAUUUCACUUGUAUUGAUAUAGUGCCUGAAUUUAUAGCUAUUGGAACUAAUCAUGGAUUGGUAUAUUGGUUUGACAGAGAAAAACAAGAUUUACAAAGGCUUCGAUGUGAGAAUGUCAAUUCAAUAAUUACAUGUAUUCAAGUAGUAUCAACAGUGGAUUAUAUGGUUGCUGCUGGUAAUGAACAUGGAGUAGUAACUGUGUUUCAAAUACCUAAAACCCCUUCAGAUUCAUUACCAGAUAGUUUAAAACCAAAGCAGAAAAAACAGGUAGAAAGAUAUAGUAUAAGUGGUUUACAUAAUAGUGCAGUAACAGCAGUUGAAUGGUCUAAGAAUGGUAUGAAAUUAUUUAGUGGAGAUCAAGAUGGUGUAGUAGUACAUACUGAAAUUGAUUUUUACAUGCAUUUGUCAAAAUCAUCAGAAUUGUUAAAUGAAAGGUAUGCAGUAGUGCAAUUAAGUUAUCAGCAAGGUUUGUUACUAGUUUCUACAAUAUUGCGUACAAUAUUAGUAAAUAGAAAUGAGAAUGGAAAAGUAACACAAGUUGGUCAAAAAGAACGUAAAACAUUAGGAAAAUUAGGUGCUGUAUUUGGUUGUCGACAAAAUUAUGUGCAAGAUUUAGUAAUAUAUGCUAGCAGACCUGGAUUACGUUUAUGGCAAGCUGAUAAAACUGGAACUGUAUUAAAAACACUUAUUUUUAAAGAUGCUGUCAGAUCUAAUUACACAGAAGUAGAACUUUUAAAUCCAGCACCAGAAAAUUCUAAAAAAAAUCGUGGAGAACCUACAUUCGGCGUUAUUUUACCCUUUUGUGACGACUUAUUGGUUACAUAUAGCGAUGAUAUUAUAUAUGUAGUAAAUCCACAAACUAUUGCUAUAACAUCUAUUGUAACAGAUUUACGUCGUAUUACGGAUGUUGCUUGUACUAAAGAUGAAAUAUUUGUGUUAGAAGGAGAAAGAAACAUUAUACGUAUAGCAUCUUACCCUGAGAGUAAUAUGCUUUCAUCAGAAAGAAAGUGCAUAUUGGAUUCGUCGUUAUUAUUUGCUGAAAUUAGUAAACCAGUUACUAGUGGUAUAUUAGAAUUGACUUCAAAAUUGAAAGAAAGUGCGAUAGUGCCAGCUAUUCCAUUUCAUAAAAUUAACCCAACUAACAUUAUUCAGUCUGUAGGAAUUGCACCAAUUGUUACUGCUGAUUCUGAUGCAGCUUCAGUUGGAAGUGCAGAAGAAGCUGUAGAAGUACUAGAUACUAGUAGGAUAACAGAACAUAAUGAUGAUUCUACAAGAAAAACUAGUGAACAAAAUGCAAAAUAUAAUGAUAGGAAGCAAAUAUUUCAAAAAAUUAGUCAACAGGAAUUUGAAGAUGUUGUAUUCACACGAGAAAGAAAGAUUAAAAAGUCACGUAAUAAAGCCAUAAAUGGAAAUGGCAAUUGUUCAUCAUUAUCUGAUAUUGAUUGUGAUAUUUCUGCAUUCAAUAAGGACACAAUAAAUGCUAAUGCUGCAAAGACAACUCAUGCUUCUUUACUAACACUUAGUAUUGAUGAUGACUUCAUAUUAAAAACUGACAGAAAUCUUGAAUCAAUUCAACGUGAUGUAGAAGAUAAAGAAAAACUUUUGGCUGAUGUCUUGGGUUUUGAUUUGUCAAAAUAUAUGACAAGCAGUCAAAUUAACUCUACUAAUUCCAAUGUGUCUCAAUCUGUUGAUACAACUCCGAGUACUGAUCAUAAAAUACAGUCCAAUGAUCCUUCCACAGAAGAAAAAACUGAACAGGAUGAAUAUAAUGAACACAGUGAUCAUACAGAAACUGAAUCUGGAGAUGAAGAUGUUAGCUACCGCACCGAAAUAAAAAAAUUGGAAGAUUUAGGUGAAUGUAGAAAGAAGCUUCUACAAGAUAAAUUAAAUGAGCCUUUACAGCAAAGUAAUUAUGUCGAAGGAAGAAAAAUGAUACAUUCGACAGGUAUGAAUAAAUAUGAAAUUAAGUUUCAUAUUUUACCAACUGAAUUUAUAUUAUCAACUACACUUGAAGAAGAAGAUUGGGUUCUAGUUAAAAAUGGUAUACCUCCAGUUGCAAUGUAA